AUGCCGAGCACCGCCGCUGCAGAGGCCCGUCGACAACAGCAAGGAGGAGGCGAGAGGUCGCGCACGCUUGGCCAGUCAGCCAUGAAUGCCCAUGCUUCCACCAGCAGCAUCAACGGGGACGCAGGGCUCUACGGCGACGAACUGCAAGAAGCACCGGCGUUCCCUUCGCUGACACCCCUCUCCCACGACUUGGCCUUGCUAUCGCCCACACAGACUCCCAACUUCUCCGUCGACGACUUUCUCCUCUCACGCACAAAGGCUUCCGACCUCAAUUUUAUCCUCAGCGACCUCCGCAGCUACAGCGAGAAGCUCAAGGACGAACUCUACUCGAUCAUCAACGAGGAUUACAAGGAUUUCGUCUCCCUCGGCAGCAGUCUCAAGUCGGAAGCGCAUCGCAUAGCUCGCCUUGGAUGGAAUGCUCGCUCCAUAGAUGCUGACUCGCAGGAGCAUGUUCCAUCGCAGGGCCUGAUGGCUCCGGUGCGCGAGACUUUGCUCGCCUCCCGUAGCAUGCUCAAGAGUGUCCAGGAGGAUAUCGAGGAUUGCAUCAGGCGUAAAGAGGAUGCGGGCAGUCACAAGACGAAGCUCGAGCUGAUGCUACAGCUCGACGAUUCGAUCGUAAGGCUCGAGGACCUGCUGCUGAUACAGGAUGAGGCGGCCAAAAAGGGAAGACGAAGAUCGUCUCAUGCCGCAAGGAGGCCUUCGUUGCUGAGCAUCACUUCUGUCGGAAAGCGAAGAGAUAGCGUUGCAUCAGCGGCAUCUGGUUCGGAUCAAGAGCUUUCCGACUACGCCAUGUCUUCCGAGUAUGAGGACGAAUCGGACAGUGACGAGGAUCUUUCAUCGGAUGAACCCCAAAACAGCAAAGUCAACGGUCACGGUCGACAAAAGCGCGCCAGACGAAAGAUCCUCCGUCGCUUCUCUUCGGGCGCACCACAAUCAUCGUGGCCAACAAGAUCCUCUGACGAUCACUCUCCCACCCGCACAAGAACGCGCUCGGACACACUCACCAGCAAUGGUGCUUCCGCUUCCUCAUCGAUGCUCGGACUACCACAAAGGAUCGCACGCACCUCCGCAGAGUACUCUCGCCUGCGCUUCCUCCACCGUCGUAUCGACGAGGAGAAUCUCAGCCACUUCACAGACGCUCUUCAAGAUCGCAUCGACAACGUCCGCUCCCGGCUCCGUCAAGACGUUCGCACGCUCCUCGCUCAUCUCCUUUCGCCCCAAUCGCUCCUGAUGCACGGACAAAGUAGUGCCAAAGUACCAUCUUCGCCAGAGCUCCGGAAAGCGCCUCGGUCUUCGCCGAUUGCAGCCAGCGCACGCAGAACGAGCUUCUUGCAGAGUCAUCCCCCGACGAUACACGAGCAGGCGACGAACGAGUUGGACGCGUGGAGCCAGAUCGCCGAGCCGGUUGAGCAAGGAGCAGAAUCGACGUAUUGGGAGGCGAGGUUGGAGGAGCAGCGUUCGUGGUUGGAGAUGGCUCUGUCGACUUUGAACGCGCUCCCGCUCGUGAGUGAUCGUCAGGAGGAUGGCGAUGAGGGGGUCGGGAGGCGGGGAAACGAGGCUGAGGAAGCUGUGCGUGAUCUGCUGGUCCUUGAUUGGGCGACGAAGAACAUUGGCGUCGACAAGGAGUCGCUGGGGAACGAUGUCGCCGGCCAGGGUUCGUUCAAGGACUUGCCACCGGCAGUGCAAGCACUCUUCGCCGAGCAUCGCAGCCACAUCUCAUCACUUCUCCUCUCAUCUUCCUCCUCAUCCGAUCCCUUAGUCGAGCUAUACAACUCCAUACUCACAUUCGUCGCCACCACCGCAUUCCAAGUAUGCGACGCCUCCCGCGAGAUCUCUCACCAACUACGCACCUCCUCCUCCACCGUGUCCCACCCAACCAGCGGCUCCUCUCGCAACGAGCUGGACUGCGAUAUCUUCACCAACGUCAUCUGGUCCACCCUCUCCUCCCGUUUGCUCGAUACGAUGGGCAACACCAUCUUCUUCGUCGGACAAACCGAUCUCUUUUACUCCAACUUUACGCUCACUUCGAAGUUUCUUUCGCGGUUUCUCGACCUCGCGCCAAGGCCGGAGAGCAGGGCGGCGAUGCAGGCGCAUGCGAACUGGUCGACGUUCAAGAGGAGGUGGCAGUUGCCCGUGUACUUUCAGAUGCGGUUUAGGGAGGUUGUGACGGAGAUGGAGGCGAAGCUGGCGGAAGGAGGAGGGAGGAGGAAGACGGAAGUCGGUGGAGAAGAGUGCAUGGAAGCGACGAGGGGGACGGUGGAGGCGAUGGAGAGGGUUUGGGGGGAAGGCGUGCAUAUCCACGAGUUGUCGGCGAGGGAGUGGAGGGUGACGCUUCAGCUGUUGAGUCGGUACAAGACGUGGGUGGAGGAGCAGUCCCCCGUCGAGGUGAAUCGACAGCAUGAACUCGCAAGGAUCAGCGGUGGUGGGGGUACAGAUUCGAGGACGAGUUUGGAUAGGUCGAGUGUCGAGAUUUCGAGGGUGUCGACUCCGCAACCAGCGGGGGAUCUGAGUGGACAACAGCAGGAUGACGAGCAGUUGGAAGUGGGUGUACAUCUUGUUCGGGAUUGUUUGCUGUUGAGGAGGAGGAUGGAGGAGAUGUUGGACGAGGUGAUUCUGCAUAAAAUCGGUCAAGGGGUUGAGCUUGACGAAAAGUCAGGGUUGGAAGGGUUGAGAUCGGAUCUGUGGAGCGUCCUCGACGGGGAAUCACUAUCCUUCAUCCCCGGACUUACGUCUUCCAUCGGUCGUCUAGCCUACAACCUCAUCCUACCGCGCGUCGUAUCCCCGCUUCGGAUGCUCCGAUCAUUCUCGACCCCGACCUACCGUCCCACCACUUCCGAAGGUGGACCUGCCGUCCAAGUCAUCCACCAGAUGUUCACCCCGCUCACCGCAUUCCUCACGCUCUGCUCCUCUCUCCCCAUAUCCACCAAACGUCACUGGACCGCAAAGAUCCUCUCCGAGACCUUCAAACGCUACACAUCCACCAUCGAGACGGUCAAUAAAAACCAACAGAGCUUGAUCAAGCUCAAAAAAUCGCAAGCCCCAACGACCCUGCUUGGUGGGUUGUGGAAGAGCAACUCUUCCUCAACCGGUGGUGGUGGAGGGGAUACGACAGACUUGGAAAAAUCCUUCGAGGAGACAAACAGACAUGCGUUGGCAACGUUCGAGCGCCUACUGGAGGAGCUGCACCUGGAUUUCGAUCUGGACGAAUGGGACGCUUGGAUCGCCUUGAAGAACUUUUUGCUUUCAGGAUUCGAUCAGCUGUAG